CCUCUCUUCCCCUCCCUUGGGCCUUGGCCGAACACCCCCGAGCCCCGCGCCGCCGAGCCCUCCUCCCUUCGCCAGCGACCGAGGGAAGCGAGCGGGCACCGUUCCCACCGGCGCUGCGGCUGGCUCCCUUGGAGGCGGCGGAGACCUGCCCUCGUCUCCGCUUGGCUGGCUUCGAGGAGGGCGCCGCGCGAUGCGUCCGGACUGAUUCCUCCCCUGCGCUGGUGUUGCUGUAUACAUGGCUCUUAGAAAACACCAACCUUCUGGUAAUGCGGCCUCCAUUAGUAUGGUGCCCCUGGAUUUUCCAAGUCAGGAACUUGAGAAGGUUAAUUCUGUCAAUCCAGUGACGCCAACGGAUGUUCCUGAUGUGGAUGUUGAUGUUGAUAUGAGGGAAGUUUACUUUCUCAUUAUGCAUUUUUUAUCACAUGGUCCGUUUAAGCGGACCUUUGGAGAACUUUGCAACGAACUCCUCGAGCAUCAGCUGCUACCUAGAAGAUAUCAUGCUUGGUAUUCACGUGGUGGUUCUCAUAGUGGUGAAGACAAUGAUGAUGGCAUAUCGCUCCCUUUGGGAUACCUAAAGUUAGUCGAGAGAUACCCUCACAUUGGUAAAGAGCACUUGGUAAAGCUUUUAAAGCAACUGAUUGUUAGUUCCUGCCACCCACAUGGCUUGGUUGGAGGGGUUUCUCCUAAUGCUGCUGAUGUCCCAACACUUCUUGGAUCCAACUCUUUCUCCCUUCUUGCAUCUGAUGCGAGCAGGCAAGAUAAGGAAAGUCCCAAGCUGUCGCGUUAUCUCCGUUGGCCACACAUACAAGCUGAUCAAGUUCGAGGUUUAAGUUUGAGAGAGAUUGGUGGUUUUACUAAACAUCGUCGAGCUCCAUCUGUACGUGCGUCAUGCUAUGCCAUUGCGAAGCCAUCGACCCUUGUUGAAAAGAUGCAGAUUAUAAAGAGAUUAAGGGGACAUCAAAAUGCUGUGUAUUGUGCUACUUUUGAUCGAACAGGACGUUAUGUUAUUACUGGUUCUGAUGAUCGGCUUGUUAAAAUUUGGGCAAUGGAAACAGCAUUUUGUCUGGCUAGCUGCCGUGGUCAUGAAGGUGAUAUUACUGACCUCGCUGUGAGUUGCAAUAAUGCUGUGGUAGCAUCUUCGUCCAAUGAUUUCAUUAUUAGAGUUUGGCGUAUACCUGAUGGCCUGCCAAUCUCAGUGCUGAAAGGGCAUACAGGGGUUGUAACUGCCAUUGCAUUUAGUCCAAGAGCUGGUGCUGCUUUCCAGCUGUUGUCAUCUUCAGAUGAUGGGACAUGCAGGAUUUGGGAUGCCAGACAUUCUCAACAAUCUCCACGUAUAUAUAUACCAAGACCUCCAGAUGCUGCCCCUGGGAAGGGUGGUGAUGCAUCUUCUAGUGCUGUUCAAGUUCAACCAACAAAUCACCAAAUCUUGUGUUGUGCAUUCAAUGCCAAUGGAACUGUAUUUGUUACUGGUAGCUCAGACACCUUUGCAAGGGUAUGGAAUGCUUGCAAGAGUUCUUCUGAGGAACAUGACCAGCCGAAUCAUGAGAUGGAUCUACUAUCCGGCCAUGAAAAUGAUGUAAACUAUGUGCAGUUUAGUGGAUGCGCAGUGGCUUCUAGGUCCUUUUCAGUUGACACCACUCACACCAUUAAGGAAGAAAAUAAUCUUAAGCUAAGAAACUCUUGGUUCACACAUAAUAUUGUUACCUGCUCCCGUGAUGGCAGUGCAAUCAUAUGGGUUCCACGUUCUCGGAGAUCACAUGGAAAGGUUGGCCGUUGGACACGAGCUUACCAUCUUAAAGUUCCUCCACCUCCAAUGGCUCCUCAACCACCUCGUGGUGGUCCACGUCAAAGAUACCAGCCUACUCCUCGUGGUGUCAAUAUGAUUGUUUGGAGCUUGGACAACCGCUUUGUGCUUGCUGCUAUCAUGGAUUGCAGAAUCUGUGUUUGGAAUGCUUCUGAUGGGAGCUUGGUACAUUCAUUGAUUGGCCAUAAAGAAUCAACAUUUGUUCUUGAUGUUCAUCCAUUCAACCCCCGUAUAGCGAUGAGUGCUGGGUAUGAUGGAAAGACAAUCAUAUGGGAUAUAUGGGAAGGAAAACCUGUACAAAUAUAUGAAACCGGGCAUUUCAAGCUAGUCGAUGGGAAGUUCUCACCGGAUGGGACAUCACUUAUUCUCUCCGAUGAAAUUGGACAAAUAUUCAUUAUUGGUACAGGGCAGGGAGAGUCCCAGAAAGAUGCGAAAUAUGAUCAGUUCUUCCUUGGAGACUACCGGCCUCUUAUCCAAGACACAAACGGAAAUGUUAUUGAUCAGGAAACACAACUUGCACCUUAUAGGAGAAACAUGCAAGACCUUCUGUGUGACUCUGGUAUGAUACCCUAUCCAGAGCCCUUUCAAAGCAUGUACCAGAAACGACGGUUAGGUACCCUGGGUAUUGAGUGGCGACCGCCCUCCGUAAAUUUUGCUGUCGGUCCCACUUACAAUGCAACCACUGGUGAAUAUCAAAUCAUCCCAACUAUUGAUCCAGAUAGGUGGGAACCACUUCCAGAGAUAACGGACUUCAUUGAGCUUGAACCAGAAAAUGAGAUUAUUUCGGAUGAUACUGAUUCUGAGUACAAUGGCCUGGACGAGCAUUCUAGUGAAGGGGAACAGGAGGCUCUGAGUGGUGAUUCGUCUGAUGCUUCAUACUCAAGUGCAGAGAUUGAUGGGGAUAACCUUACUGAUACUGCUCUUCGCAGAUCGAGAAGAAAAAAGAAAAAAUCAGAUGGAGGCGUGGUUACUUCAUCUGGUCGUCGAGUUAAGAAAAGAAAUUUUGAUGAGCGUGAUGUGCCUACAGUUUCAAGGCCACAUAAAAGCAGGAAGUCUAGGAAUGGUCGUUCAAGCAAAAGGAAAAAAUCCCCUAAAUCAAAAGGAUUGCGACCUCAAAGACGUGCUGCUCGCAAUGCACUCAGUUUCCUCUCAAAGAUAGGAGCUUCAACAGAAGAGGAUGAAGAUGACUCGGAGAGCAGUUUCUCGGACAGUGAGCGGAACACUGAAUGUGCAGAAGCUGAACAUUUAGCAUGGAAUGGGCAGCUAAGACUUGGUAGAGAGAGUAACUCCAAAUAUGACUCUGAAGAUGUUACACAACCUUCUCAUUUCACUGAAACUCAUGGAAACUCUGGAAGUAAUAGGAAGCUGGUCCUCAGGAUACCACGCCGUGAUUUAAAAGUUCAAUUUACUUCAGAAAACAGAAAAACAGAGUGCUCUACUCAGGAUAAAGAAGGGGUGGCACUUGCUCCAACCAAUCGUGAAACAGUUGAGACCAAACCAAAUUCUGAGCCAGGAUCUUCCUCUGCAUUAAAGGCUGAAUUGACAGAUGGAGUGCAAACUGAGAUCUCUGAUCCACAUGAUGUGUCUGCUCUUCAUAAUAACAACACAAUCAAGUGGGGUGAGGUAAAGGUGCGGUCUUCUAAGAGAUUCAAGUUCGGCGACUCUUCAGUUGCAGACAUUUGGCCUACUUCAAAUGAUGCUGCUUCACAGAAUGUUGACCAUCCAGAUAGUAAGAAGAUGCUUAACGGUGAUGACAUCCAGCAAACGGUUGAGCUGAAUUCACGAGAAAUUCAACAUGCAAUAAAUGUGGAAAACCACACAACUGAUGAUUGUUGUGGAGAUAAUUUGCUGGACAAAGAAAAGAUUGCUAGUAACGAUAAUGCUCAUGUAGAUGAAGGAUAUGAGUGGGAACAUGGCCGACAAGCCCACAACACCUCUCAGAGUAUAUCCUUGAAACUGAAGUUCAGAUCAAGAGGCUUUGCAGAUGGAGCAGGUUCAUUGGACAAAUCAAGAAUCACUACUGCAGUAGGGAAUGACAUGAACUCUGAACAUGAUAAAGUUCAUAUGCUGCAUGAUGAGGGUUCUGCCCUUUAUCAACAUAUGAGUGAUGAAGUCUUUACUGUGUCGAACAGUUUGCCAGAAUGCACAGAUAAAAGUGCUAGUUUGCAUGAUUCAAAAAAGUGGCACUUAGAUCCUGCAAAAACAUAUAGUGCAGUUUACAAAAGAUCAAAGACAAAUAAGCAGAAGAAAAAUUUGGAUUCAGAUGCGUAUAGAAAUGAGGAGAGCACUUCACUAUCCAAUGAUGAUGAUGGUUAUCAACCUCCAGAUUACAGUCCUGUUAAAUCUGGUAGUGCUACUUUGCGAAGAAGUGCGAGGAGGCCAUAUGCAUACACUGAUGAUGGUAUAACAAGGGAUGAUGCCACUCAAGUGAAAAAUUCUUCUCAUGAAGCAUCAACUAGUGGGAGGCGAAAUAUUACAGAUGUGCGUGAGGUCAUGUGGAAAUCAAACUCAAAAACUGUUGGUUUAAGGUCUGCUAGGAACAAAAGAGAGAGUUCUAACUUUCCUGGUGCACAUCUAUUGGAGAAAAGGAAACAAGUGUCCAUGAAAUAUUCAUGGCUGAUGUUGCUAGAGCAUGAAGAUAGCUACCGUUAUAUUCCUCAACUUGGUGAUGAGGUUAUGUACUUGAGGCAGGGCCACGAAGAAUAUCUUAAAGGAUCACGGUCGUCAGAUGAUUGCCCGUGGAAUCGGAUCAAAGGCCUUAAAGAUGUAGAACUUUGCAAGAUUCAAGGUCUAGAUUACACUACAUUCAGAGGGUCUGGUGAAAGCUGCUGUAAAUUAACUAUUGAAUUCAUUGAUGAUACUUCAAGAGGAUUAGGCAGAACAUUUAUGAUCACCUUGCCAGAGCUAGUUAAUUUCCCAGAUUUUCUUGUGGAAAGAACACGGUAUGAAUCUUCUAUUGAUCGGAACUGGACUAACAGAGAUAAGUGCAAAGUUUGGUGGAGGAAUGAGGGAGAGCAAGGAGGAAGUUGGUGGGAGGGGCGGGUAUCUGCAUUAAAGCCAAAAUCGCCUGAUUUUCCUGAGAGUCCAUGGGAGAAAUAUGUCAUUCAGUAUAAGAAUGAUGGUUCUGAUCACCCACAUAGCCCCUGGGAACUCCAUGAUACUGGUAACCUAUGGGUCCCAUGGAAACAUCCACACAUUGAUCUCGGUAUAAAGGACAAAUUGCUAUCAGAGUUGGACAACUUACUUGAAUUGUCUCACAGAAAUCAGGAUCGCUAUGGCGUUCUAAAGUUGAACAAUGUUGCAGAAAAAUCAGAUUUCAUUAACAGGUUUCCUGUCCAGUUCUCCGUUGAGGUGAUCAGGAUAAGACUAGAGAACAAUUACUACAGAACUCUGGAAGCUGUCCAACAUGAUGCAACUGUGAUGCUUGCAAAUGCCCAGUCUUAUUUCUCAAAGAGCACUGAAAUGACAAAAAAGAUUCGGAAGCUAUCUGAUUGGAUGGAAGAAACCUUUUCAUCACUAUAGAUAAUGGUGCUUUAUGCCCAGUUGACAUGCUUCUUUUUGUGCAAGCAGAAUUUGCCUCGCAGCAACAGUAUGAUUCUACGGGUGUUACUGCGGAAAAAUUUUGUUAGAGGAAUACUAAAGUAGUUUUCAGGAUGCUCAACAGCUUAAGACUAUUCAAUGCAUUGUUUUGCUGGUGCAAGUUGAUCUUAACUAACGCCUCUGACCAUUUGAUCCUCGUGAAGAGAAAUCGAUUAUCCGGUUGGACAAAAGGAACGUCGAGGACCUUGUUAGAGAUAUGCAUGUGUAAAGCUGGUAGUGGAAAAUGCACUACCAUGUUAUUCGUUGUGUAUAGACCCCCGCACAUCAUCAAUAAAGAAGCGAUAAAAUGUUUACCGUAUUCAUUAUUUACUACAA